AAAUUCGUGAGUCGCGCGCGCGAACGGCGUGGCCGUGGACGCAUCCUAGCGUAAUAUACGUGUUUCGAUGAACGAUAUAUACGAAUAAUCGCGAACGUGUCGCACUUUCGGAAGAUGUGAUUGUCUUCGAUUAACGCAGACGUUACGCGGUUUUUUCCAUUUUUUCGCUCCGAGAAACGCGAAAUCUUGAGAUAUAUAUACGCGCAUAUAUAUAUAUAUAUAUAUACAUACAUACAUAUAUAUAUGUGUAUAUAUACAUAUAUAUACGCACUCAUACGUAUAUACGUCGAGGACUCUGGAAUACAGCAGUACCUAAGUUGACGUCCGUAGUGCGCGGUUCCGAUUUCUCGUGCUUUUUGUAAACAUGAUGUUUGGAUUCAUGAAAUAAUUUGUUUUUUUCCUCCCCCUCCCGUUCCCCCACGAGAUCGAUCGGCGAGCGCGAAUCUUGCGACGAACGCGCGAUCUUCGACGAACCGAGGCCGGUGAGUCCCAUCAUGUGAUUCUCUUCGUCGGGGAAUACACGAAAAGUAUGGGCACAUCUCCGUUACGCGGGAAACACUGUAUAAUUUAGUUAAUAAAGUUGGAGUAUCUUGGUAUUUUACCAUGGAACAGUCAGACGUAGUGCAGAUGCAAGUUCUUCAACUCGAGGAAAUACCAACAGAUAUUGAUGGACAGACGAUUCAAAUCGUUAAUCAAGAUGUAAAAGCUGCUACUUCUAUGGAAGGUGGCCAGGAUUCGCCAAAGGCCUACAGGCCACCGUUGGAGACUACGUUAGUAGCAGAGGAUACUGAUAUCGAUGUAGAAGUUGCAACAGAUGAUUACUUGAACGCAAGUCAUAUUGAUGUAUCCGUUAAAGAUAUCGACAGCAAUGCUGGACAUAAUAAUAGGGUAGAACCUGAGUUGAAUCAACCUGAAACAAAAAUUUAUACAUCAGACCAGGAACAGAUUGUUUAUGAACAUGUAAAAGAGAAUACAAUAGAUUCGAAUCAUGAGUUGCAGCAUUUGUGCACUGAGGAAGACCAAAGUCAAAAUGUGAUAACCGAAUCUAAAAUAGAAGCGAAGCAGGAUGAAAUAGAUAUUCUAGAAAGUGACUGUAAUAUAGUAGGAGAUGCAAAUCAAUCCGAUACUAUAGAUAAGCAGUGUUUAACAUUAGAUGAAUCUAGACUUAGCCAACACUCUGGGGGCCAGAUUCAUGAUACGCAUGAAUCAGUUAAAGAAACAAUCAGAGAGAUACAUGAUAAUGACAGUAACCAAAAUAGCUCAAUAGUAACGGAUGCUGAACUCAUUAAAUUAGAACAAGAAGGAGAAGAAGAAGUAGUUGUAGUAGUAGAAACUAUAGAACCAACAACAACAGAUACAGCAGCAGACAAUUUUAUUGUCACUGUAGAUGAGAAGGAUGUUAAUAAAGACUGCAACCAGGAAACUGUAGUUACUUUACAGGCAAAAAAACUUUCAAAAUCCAGGCAUGAAGACAACAAGAUUGAUCUAAUUGAUUACAGUCAAGAAAGUGAUGAUACUAUAAUAGAAGUAACAGAAGUUAUAGAUGCUCCAGUUACUACAGAACAGUACGAGCAGCAAGAUAACAAAAACUGCGUGGAAAAUAAUGAAUAUCACAUAGAGUCUGUAAAAUUAACCGAUGAAAAAAUUCCGAUCCAUAAAGAUAUAACUGAAAAUAUUCAAUCAGAAGUGAUUGAUAGAGAAACUCUGAUCAGUUCUAAUAAUAAAGAUGAUAUCACUAUUAUCAUAGAUGAAAAAAUUAUAAUCACGGAAGAUGAAGUCACUGCAGAUCAGCCACAAAUUGAAAAUGCUCAUGAAGAUAAUGAAAAUAUUACCGAGCAUAAACAAGAUGAUACACCUGCUCGCGAAAUAUCCGUGGUCUCGUCAAAGAAGAGGAGCGUUAUUCAAGACAUUAUUGACGAUUGGGGUGUCGAGAAUGCAGAUGAAGAUGCGCAAUCGACUUCGAAGGUGCACGAUUCUGUAGAGAUCGAAUUGAAAAGCCUAUUGGACGAAACGAAAUCGGAUCAGAUUGUUACAAACGAGACUCUUCAAGAUAAGACUCCAUCCGCGAAUAAAGAAUAUGUUCCAGAUGAGAUGCAUAAUGUAGAUAUAAGUGAGAAGAAUAUCAAGCAUUCGACUGAACGAACAGAAAAUCAAAAGAAGAACAAAGUAAUCAAUCAAGACGCUGCAGUGCCAUUAAAUAGGAGCGGGAAGAAUUCUCCGAUAAUAGCCAAAUCUUCACGAAGCGCGUUGAACAAGACGCCGCAAUCGCACGUCACCACGUCACUUCCUAAGAAUCGCUCUCGACAUUUAACCAGUCAGAUAGCAUCGCCGGCGGAAGUGACCGAGGUAUUGAAGGAGCGUCUUCGUGAGAAGCAGAAGACUGUUGUAGACACGCCACGCGGACCGGACAUAUUCUUCGUGAAGAAAAUAACGCAAAGACUGUCCAACAAAUUGGCGGGUAGUUCGGUGAAUCCGGUACCGGGUCUUAUACCUCUGCCGCAACAAACCACACCUUCUUCCUCCCCUUCUGCAGCAUCACAAUCUAUGAUAGAUAAUUGUGAUAAAAAGGUAGCAAAUGCGACAGCGGAAACGAGCAAAGAUGGCAGUAAUUCCGAUAACAAGGAACUGUUGGCUAUCUUGGAAGGCGACGUUGAUCCCGACUGGUCCAUCUUGAAGCCACCGACUCUCACGGAGGAAGGCAAAACCCCGCCAAAUGUGGAGACGCAAUCCGAUCACAGUGCGCCACCGAAACUCGAUCCUCUAAUCGAACGAGAAAUGGCACUGAAGCAACUCCUCGAAUUGCCCGUAACGUCGUCCAAGAAGAUUCCAUCGCGAAAGAAGAAGACUUUUCGAGCAGCACCCGGCAAGGUGUCCAAGGAUGUGGAAAAUCCACUUCCACAGGAGAAGGAACUCGCCAGUAUGGAUUCGGCGAGCGAAAAUGCGCAACCAAAUACCAAACCUGCCGAGAUAAAUUUGUGUUCUCCGCAAAAAAGUGAUCAAAAAGAUCACAAGAUUGAAAAAGUAAGCACGCGAGAAGAAUCGAGAUCGGGUAGAAAGCGCAAACCUACGGAAAAGGCGAGAGAACACGAGCAGAACACGAUAAAACGGCAGAAGGUCUACAAGGGUAAAGUUUCGUUGAGUAAGAAGCAAACACAGGAAAAUAUCUCCAACUCGUCGAUCGAGAAUCACGUCGUGGCGAGCGACGCACCGACGGAUGCUGUAAAUAAUGAGAAAACCGUCGCGAAAGAAGUGGCGAACAAACAGGUCGAGGAUAAGACAGAUCCGAUUUCGAGUAAAGUCGAAAGUUCUCGACCGAAACCGAGUCUUCCUAAAAAGGGCUCGCAAGCGAUCGCCAAGAGAAAUAUAGUAGUCAAGAGAUUACUGCGCCAGAAGAUACCAGCUAACGAAAAACCUGUUGCAUUGAAGGAUAAAUUGACCCCGUCGCCAAAGAAGUCUUCCCCAAAGGCUGUCACCAAGUCGCAGAAGCGAACGGCCGAGACUGCUCUCGGCGACCCAAAACCCAAGAAGAAGAUCAUCAACGAGAUAGACAGAUUACUGCAGGACGAGGGCGUUGUCAAUUUAUUGUACGACGUAGAGCAGCCGGACAAGAAGCGUCUGGUGCCCAUCACGAAGUCGCGGACGAAGGUGAUGGAUCUGCAGAAGGUGCAGCGCGAACUGAAGAUUAGAAAGAAAUUGGUUCGCAACGCCGUACUGCGAUUACGCACGUCGACGGUCGCCGGUGUCACCAAAGUAUCACCGAGGUCGAAGAGAACGUCGAAUCAUCCAACUGAUGUUCAAGCGGACAACAAGAAAGUAGGAGAGCAGCUCGGGUCGCCAAAAGGUGCCGCCUCCUCCAUGGAAUUCAUACUUCCGGCGAAGAUUAGAAACGCGGCCGAUGCAUCUAUCAUUAUCAGGAGGCAUUCGUCCAGUUCGUUCUCGAGUGCGUCCGGAAGUCCUAGAGUUAGCGUCGACGCGCCGGAGAAACCAGCAGAAGUUGCCAAGACGGACGACGGGGCAGUUCACUCCUUGAGAUCCGCCAAGAAGAGACGGGAUUCGCAGGACGAGAAAAUUAAUAACGCGAAGAAAAGUAAGAAGAAAACGGUACAAAGGUCCGACGCGGAACCUGUCGCUGCUGUUCCUACUGGUACUAUCAGUACUACUCCUACAACUACCACGAUUAGUAAUGCUGUUGCCAAUAAUGCAGAUGAGAAGACUGUCGCUCCGCGUCCCAAUAAGAAAUCUGAAAUCAAAAAGAUCGACAAGACUAGUAAACAACAGGAAAAUGUUCACGCGUUUGAAGACCAUGUUUCAAGUAAAGUUACGACCAGGUCGUCGAAUGCAGUAACGGGGAAAGUAACGGCGAAGAGCAAACGGGCCGUGAAAAGCAAAGUGACUUUUGUCAAAGCAGAUGACUCGGACAAUGCUGAGAAUUCUAAAGAGGAGGAUGAAUUGUCCGCUUGUCUUGCUGAAGCGGCCACUGCUCUUUCGGUCGUCAAUACUGGCGGUCGAUCUGGAAAUGUUGCGACCACACGAAAGAACAAAGCGAAUGCAAGUAAAACGGACGUGGAUAGUAACAAAACGAAAGUGGAAACGCAAGGUCAAUUCAGCAAUAAAGAAAUCAAUGUGCGCCGGCAUGGUAAUCUCGUACAAUUAAUACUUACGCCAUCCUCAUCGACGAAAAUCAGAAAUGCUCUUACAUUACAGGUGAUGCAAGAAUUCAGAGAGGCUCUGUCGAUAUUAAAAAGAGACGACGAAUGUAGGGUGGUACUGUUCACUUCUACAGGUACAAGCUUUUGCGAAGGUCUUGAUCUUUCGGCAUUAAUGCAAACGACUAAGGAGGAACGACGGUCUGCCGCUCAAGAGUUGGCAAAUGCUGUUAAGGAGUUUAUUAAAAGUUUGGCAACUUUCAAUAAGCCUAUAGUGGCUGGUGUACAAGGCGCUGCAAUUGGACUUGGAGUGACCAUGUUACCUCUCUUCGAUCUUGUAAUUGCUAGCGACAAGGCGACAUUUUGUACCCCUUACGGCAAAUUAGGACAAAUCGCUGAAGGAGCUGCGGUCUUCACUCUUUCACACAUACUGGGCAGUGCAAUUACGAGUGAACUUCUUUUGGGUGGAAGAACUUUAACGGCGAGUGAAGCGUUAAGAGCAGGUCUCGUUACCCGAGUUUUAUGGCCUGAUCGGUUUCAAGUAGAAUUAUUACCGUCAUUGCGAGCUAUGAGUGAUCAAUCGUCACAGUCCAUGGAAGCAACAAAGGCUCUAUUGCGUCACAGCCUACGGAAAAAGUUAGAUGCUGCGCUUGAAUCAGAAACAUAUUUAUUGAUUCAGCAUUGGUGCUCUGUGGAGUGCCAGACUGCUAUAAAAGCUUACAUUGAUGGAAAAAUACAAUAAAUCACGUGUGCAAGUACUACUAAUCAUGAGUCUGCGAUAUGUGUUAGAGAAUGGAAGUGAUUGAUAUUUGUGGAUGAUGAUAAAUAAUCAUGCAAAUAUAGCUGAUGUUAUGCAAAAAUUGUACUUCUGAUACAACAUUCUACGUCAAUGCACGAUAUUCUUUAGAUUUAAGAUAUAAAUACUGAAUCACACACAAAAAGAUUGACUAUUUUACUAUUAGAAACAAAUCAUUUAGAUAUAAAUUUAUUAUAUAAAUAUAUAUGCAUGUAUAAA